AGAACCAACGACGUCACGCGUCCCGUCCUCAGGACAGGUCGCGCGUCACCUUGACAAGGGUUGUAUCGUGGAAUGAGGAAAAGAAGAUCACACCAUAUGGACAGAAUACUUUAAGAUAUUAACUCUCAUCGAUAACAACUAUCAGUAAUGUGAAAAUUAGACAUCAUAAAUUGACCGCAUCACAGAAUUUGAAAGAAACAGUUGUAGGUCAGGUCCAGUUUCAGAAUGUACCGCCAGUGCGCGAGUCUGGUGGAACGACACCGGUCAGAGCUGAGUUUCGCAUUGCUGUUGUCAGGCUAUGCGCUCUACCUGAUUCUUGGCGCAUGGGUCUUCUCCGCCGUUGAGCUUCCAUAUGAGCAACGGCUGCGCGAACAGCUGGAGACCGCCCGGCAAAAGUUUCUCUGGGACAACGCGUGCGUGUCUGACGAAAGGCUCGAGGAGCUUCUGACCCGCGCGCUGCAUGCCAAUAACUACGGCGUGUCGGUGCUCGGUAACGCUAGUGAAAACAACUGGGACUUCAUCUCCUCUCUGUUCUUUACCAGCACAGUUCUAACCACCACGGGCUAUGGUCAUACUGUACCACUGUCAGAUGGAGGAAAGGCAUUCUGUGUGUUCUACUCUCUCCUCGGAAUCCCCGUCACUCUCCUCUUCCUCUCCGCCCUGGUACAAAGAAUUAUGGUCCUGGUGACGCGCCGACCUGUGGCGUACCUUCACCUGCGAUGGGGAGUGUCCAAACCAAAGUUUGCCGCUGUCCAUGCGGCAUGUCUAUUCGUUGUUGCAGCACUGCUCCUCUUCCUCCUACCAGCGGUAGUGUUCUGCAGGCUGGAGCCUCUAUGGAGCUACCUGGAGUCCCUCUACUUCUGCUUUAUCUCACUUACUACAAUUGGCCUAGGAGACUAUGUACCUGGAGAGACUCACAAUACCGUUCCCAACUCUCACCGCACGCUAUAUAAGCUGGCUAUUACACUGUACCUGUUGCUUGGCUUGGUCUGUCUGUUGGUGGUGGUGGAGACGUGUUGUGAGCUGCCACAGCUGAAGAGCUUCAGGAGGAGAUUCUACAGAGAAAAUAAUGCUCCAGAGUCAGAGACCAGAGACCAGGAGGAGUUUAGCAGCACAGAACAUGAUCAAAUGACUGACCACCUAACUGAUCAGCUGACCUUCUCCUCAGUGUCCGCCCAGGCUGCCUCCCUCCGCCAGGACAACACAACCUGGCAAUAGCAUAAAAUAGAUACUUCACUGUGUAUUGAUGAGAAUGGAAAUGUGUCUUCUGCCUUAUGCCCUCCUCCACACACACACACACACACACACACACACACACACACACACACACACACACACACACACACACACACACACACACACACACACACACACACACACACACACACACACACACACACACACACACACACACACACACACAGUUGAGAUGCAGCCACAGUGCAGCGGGAGCCAUUGUGGGGGGUUAAAAUGUCUUGCUCAAGGGAUUGUAUAUAGGAUCAGAAACCAGCAGCCUUCCAUCUGCCAGUUCAGUUCCAUUCCCAUUUUUGUGUCGCCUGGUCCGGGGUUUGGACCAGCAUCCUCCCAGCUGUUGGGCACAUUCUUUUUUGCAUCACCUAGUGCUUGGGUUGGCGGAGAUUGUACAUUUUAAAGUAGACUAUUCCAUUGGUUCUAAAGUGAAUUCUCCACUAACUGGACAAUGCAAAACAAGCGCACCCAUAAAGUGUGUGUAU